AUGAACUCAAAGAAAGGCAGCACCAACAACAAGCCUUCGGGGAAUACUUCCUCUCCGCCCAACCCACCGGGGAUUUCUUACAAAUGCUCCAAAUGUACCAGUACAUUCCCUUCCCUUGACGAGAAGGACAAGCACGAAGGAGGAUUCCACAAUGUAUGA